AUGCCACCACCAUUACUGUCAUCCAUACCUUUGCACCUGUGGCAUGUGCCCUGCUUGUUACCUGCCAUCAACCGCUACAGAAAGCGCAGCAGACGGCGUGGGCGAAGAUGCGGUAGACUUGUCAGAUUAAGAAGAGCCUACCUGACUCUGACUUCGGCAUCUGAUUCUCGCAUUCUCUCGGCGCUCUCUCGAGAGAACGACGGUUGCGCUGUGAAGUGUUCCUCAGAAUACUGCUAUCGGUGGCUUCGACCCAUCGUUCCUGAUGCCGAGUAUGCACAUGCUUGCCGACGGCCCGUAAGGAUCUGCAAACGGCAUUCCGUAAAGGAGAAUCUUCGCCCGCUUGCACAGUUAAUUGAAGAAAAAGAGGAGAAUGAAGAAUCAAGUUCACACUGUGAUAAGAGAUUCAGUGAUUUAUCAGGUCUGAAAACACUUGAGAGGAUUCACACUGGAGAGAAACCUUAUAAGUGUUCUCACUGUGACAAGAGAUGCAGUCAGCCAGUAUAUAUAAAAAGUCAUGAAAGGAUCCACACUGGAGAGAAACCUUAUAAGUGUUCACACUGUGAUAAGAGAUUCAAUGAUUCAUCAACUCUGAAAACGCAUGAGAGGAUUCACACUGGCCACGACUUCCCCUCCGAUUCAUCAUCUCUGAAAACGCAUGAGAGGAUUCACACUGGUGAGAAACCUUAUAAGUGUUCACACUGUGACAAGAGAUUCAGUGAAUUAUCAGGUCUGAAAACACAUGAGAGGAUUCACACUGGAGAGAAACCUUAUAAGUGUUCACACUGUGACAAGAGAUUCAGUGCUUUAUCAGGUCGGAAAACACAUGAAAGGAUUCACACUGGAGAGAAACCUUAUAAAUGUUCUCACUGUGACAAGAGAUUCAGUCAGUCAGUAUAUAUAAAAAGGCAUGAAAGGAUCCACACUGGAGAGAAACCUUAUAAGUGUUCACACUGUGACAAGACAUUCAAAGUUUCAUCAUCUCUGAAAACACAUGAGUGGAUUCACAAUGGAGAGAAACCUUAUAAGUGUUCUCACUGUGACAAGAGAUUCAGUCAGCCAGUAUAUAUAAAAAGACAUGAAAGGAUCCACACUGGAGAGAAACCUUAUAAGUGUUCACACUGUGAUAAGAGAUUCAAUGAUUUAUCAACUCUGAAAAUGCAUGAGAGGAUUCACACUGGAGAGAAACCUUAUAAGUGUGCACACUGUGACAAGACAUUCAAAGAUUCUUCAUCUCUUAAAAAGCAUGAGAGGAUUCACACUGGAGAGAAACCUUAUACGUGUUCACACUGUGACAAGAGAUUCAGUAAAUUAUCAGGUCAGAAAUUACAUAAGAGGAUUCACACUGGAGAGAAACCAUAUAAGUGUGCACACUGUGGCAAUAGAUUCAGUGAUCCGACACAGCUGAGAACACAUGAGAGGAUCCACACUGGAGAGAAACCUUACAAGUGUGCACACUGUGACAAGAGAUUCAGUGUGUCAUCAAGUCUGAAAAAACAUCAGAGAAUCCACACUGGAGAGAAACCUUAUAAGUGUUCACACUGUGACAAGAGAUUCAGUGAUUCAUCAACUCUGAAAACACAUGUGAGGAUUCACACUGGAGAGAAACCUUACAAAUGUGCACACUGUGAUAAGAGAUUAAGUGGUUUGACACAUCUGAAAACACAUGAAAGGAUCCACACUGGAGAGAAACCUUACAAGUGUUCACACUGUGGCAAUAGAUUCAGUGAUUCGAGACAUCUGAAAACACAUGAGAGGAUCCACACUGGAGAG